UGACGCUGUAUCUCACGGCUCCACGCUCUGCCUCUCUAGCUUCUUCUCUUCCAAUCCAACCACAAGAAACAGACAGCUGCUAAACAAAACCAUACCCACAAGAGAGAAGAAACAGUAUUACAAAUUUUCAAUCCAACUCGGCGGCACACCCACCACCUCAAAUCAGCGGCGCUUCUUCUCUUCCAAUCCAACUCGGCGGCGCCACCCACAAUCUUCAGAGGUGACGGUGAUUUCUCCCGCCUUUCUUGAUGGACUUACAAGAAGUGUACCAAUCAAGAAAAAGAGAAAUUAUAAGAAUGAUGUUGGAAGGGAAAUUGCUGAAAAAUUGGCAAAGGAAGCAAAGAAGAAUGAGCUGAUAUUGAGUUCUUCAGGCACUAUCAAGAGCCUUGGGUGACUACUGCCUGAAGGAAUUUGGGGUUAUUUCUGUGCCAGAUGUGACAUAAAGGAACAUAACUAGUAGAGAUAAAUUGGUCAUAUUGGCAACAUAUGGGCUAUGGGAAGUUAUUUCCAACCAAGAAGCUGUACAGAUUGUUUCUUUAGCAUCUGUUAAUGAAAAGUUAGCUUAAAGGCUGGUGGACAACAUCUCAGCUAUUUUUGCCUCUUCUUUCACACUUCAACCUCUCAACCAAUCAACCCUAUUCAAGUCUCAAAACAGGUUGCAUGAGAAAAGCUAGGUGGUGUAAACCCUUAUCUGAGCAAACUCUUAAAAGGGUACCUGUUAACCAGAUCACGCAAACCCACUAGAUAAUGAUUUAGUAUUUGAAUUUUCAGCCAAUUCUUCUUUCUUCUUCUUCUUUCAACUGUUACAUGGGUGUGAGUGCCGCCUCUAUACUCAACCACAUUCUUUACAGCCGAACCCACAAGCCCCAAACUCAACCUACUAGCGCCAAAGCCUUAACCAACACCAUCUUCACUCACCUCAAAGCGGGUCGUCUCCAAAAAGCUGUCUCCAUUCUCUUUGCUGCUCCAGUACUUUUCCCUUAUUCCCUUUAUGCCAGUCUCUUCCAAAUUUGUGUUUCUAAUCAUGCCAUUGUUGAAGCUCGGAAGGUCGAGUCCCAUCUGGUCACCUUCUCCCCUACACCACCAGUGUUUCUCCUGAACCGAGCGAUUGAGACUUAUGGUAAAUGUGGAUGUUUAGUUGAUGCAAGGGAGCUGUUUGAGGAAAUGCCUCAAAGAGAUGGGGGGUCUUGGAAUGUGAUGAUUACGUCGUAUACACAAGGUGGGUAUCCUGAGAAAGCCUUGUCAUUGUUUUCGGACAUGAAUAGAUCAGGAGUUUAUGCGAGUGAGGUCACUUUUGCAAGUGUUCUUGGGUCUUGUGGUGCAACGUUGGCACUUUGUCUUUCGAGACAGGUUCAUGGGCUUAUUGUGAAAUAUGGGUUUGUUGGGAAUGUAAUUUUGGAGAGUUCACUUGUUGAUGUAUAUGGCAAAUGCCAGGUUAUCAAAGAUGGCCAAAGAAUGUUUGAUGAGAUUAAAAAUCCAACUGCUGUUUCUUGGAAUGUGAUUGUGAGGCGGUAUCUUGAGAUGGAUGAUGGAACAAAGGCGGUCUUUAUGUUUUUUAAGAUGUUCCAGACUGCUGUUAGGCCCUUCAACUUUACAUUCUCUAAUGCACUUAUUGCUUGCUCAAGUAUAUCUGCACUAAAGGAGGGGAAGCAAAUUCAUGGAGCUGCAAUUAAAAUAGGUCUUGAAGAUGAUGAGGUUGUUUCAAGUCCUCUCAUGGAUAUGUAUAUCAAGUGUGGGAAAUUAGAGAAUGCUCAUAGGGUGUUUGAACAACUAAGUUCAAAAGAUUUAAUUUCUUGGACUUCAAUUGUGUCAGGGUAUGCUAUUAGUGGGAAAACUAGGGAGGCAAGGGAGCUUUUUGAUCAGAUGCCUGAACGCAAUGUGAUAUCUUGGAAUGCAAUGUUGGCAGGGUAUGCCCGUUCCCUCCAAUGGGAAGAGGCUCUGGACUUGGUAUUUUUAUUGCGCAAUGCAACUAAAGAUAUUGACUAUGUCACAAUUGGGUUAAUAUUAAAUGUGUGUGCUGGGCUUUUAGAUGUUGAAAUGGGGAAACAGGUCCACGGUUUUAUAUACCGAAAUGGUUUCCUUUCCAAUCUCGUUGUUGGCAAUGCCCUUCUUGACAUGUAUGGUAAAUGUGGUAACUUAAGAAGUGCCAGAGUUUGGUUUUACCUAAUAAUAAGUCAAUGGAGGGAUAGUGUUUCUUGGAAUGCUUUAUUGACUAGCUAUGCUCGUCACGGCCUUAGUGAACAAGCAAUGACAAUAUUUUCAGAGAUGCAAUGGGAGACAAGACCAAGCAAGUUCACGUUUGGAACCCUUUUGGCUGCUUGUGCAAAUACUUUUUCUCUUGAGCAUGGCAAACAAAUUCAUGGAUUUAUGAUUAGAAAUGGUUAUGAGAUGGAUGUUGUGAUCAGAGGAGCUUUAGUAGACAUGUACUCAAAAUGUCGUUGUCUUGAGUAUGCUCUCGUAGUUUUUUUAGAGUCAGCGUCACGGGAUGUAAUUCUUUGGAACUCCAUAAUUUUUGGAUGUUCUCACAACCGAAAAGGUAGGGUGAUACUUGAAUUGUUUGGGUUGAUGGAGGAGGAAGGUGUAAAAGCAGAUCAUGUCACAUUUCAAGGUAUUUUGCUUGCUUGUAUAUAUGAAGGCCUAGUUGAGUUGGGAACACAGUAUUUUUAUUCAAUGAGCAAUAAGUACUAUGUCAUGCCUCGGUUGGAGCACUAUGAGUGUAUGAUUGAACUCUAUAGUCGGUAUGGGCACAUAAAUGAGCUGGAGAAAUUCAUUAAGAGGAUGCCUUUUGAACUCACUGUUCCAAUGUUGACAAAAGUCUUUGAUGCUUGUAGAAAAUAUGAAUGCUUGAGGUUGGGAGAGUGGGCUACUAAACGACUUAAUGAAUUGAAUCCUUCAAUGGAACUAAAAUUUCAAAUCAUGGACAGGGAGAGGAAGUAAUCACUGUAAAUUAAGAUUGAAAGUCUCUUGGAUUGGCCAAGUGUUUUUUAUUCCCUUCUCAAAUGGAAGCUAGUGGAGUGUGACAGUGGUGGGGGGAUGAUAAGGAUUUGGAAGACAACCUAGUGGAUAUGUGGAGAACUUUUAGGGUAUCGGAGGUGGAAGGGACUGCUAUACUAUUGGUGGAGACAAAACCCAAAGCACUGAAAGAGAAGGGUCAAUUUAGUCUGCUGGCUAAGCUUUUCACUUAUAAGAGAUUUAUUGGGAAAACCUGAAAACAACUCUAUGCAACCUGUGGAACCCUAAAAGAGGUGUAAAAUGUAAAGAGUUAGUGACAACCUUUUACUCUCUGCUUUCAACGAUAGAUAUGAUUCGGUGAGAUUCGUAAGAAUGAGCCCUUGGUAGCAGACUUUGUAACUUCUAAGUGAAGAGGUUUUUGAUUUCUUGAGGGGGGAGAUGACACAACAGAAGAUCAAAGAUCUUAAACAAUCAUUGAACUGUUUUGGUGGAAGGUUAAUGCAAAUCAACAAUUGGCUUUGCUUUGUUGAGUAUAUUAGCCUCAGCUGCUCUAUAUUUGCACUCACUAGCAGUUUCUCAUUCUUCCCUCUCUCACUCACGGUCAGCAGCUCCUGAAGUAGUUGUAAGCAGUGGCAAAACAACUUUCUGUUAUAGGUGAGUGCUUCUCUUUUUUUUUUUUGGUUUCAUACCUGAAUGCAUCAUUGCUGUAUAUUUUCGUUUUCUUGGAUUUCGUUUCAUGGAAUUAUAUUUCUGUGUUUGAUGUAAUGAGAUGAAGAAAUGUAGUUAGAAUGCACUCACCAGUGGAUUCUCAUUCUUCCCUAUCUCACUCACGGUCAGCAGCUCCUGAUGUAGUUGCAAGCAGUGGCAUAACAAUCGUCCGUGAAAGGUGCAUGGAACUGUAUAAGGUAGAAAUGCCCCAAGGUUGAAUGGUGAAGAUCAUCUGGUUUCUCAAAGCAAUUCCAAAGCAUGUCUUUAUAGGCUGGCUAAGGGUUCACAACAGACUGUCCACAAAAGACCGAAUGUUGUAGUGAUGUGCUAAUCUUGAUACCUAUUUUGUAAUUCUUCUAUCUCAAUGAGGAUGAGGUGAACCAUAAUGAGCUAGGUGCCGAAUAAAAUCCAAAGUUCCUUUGGCCUGAGAUUAUGCUCUAUGAUUAGAAAUCUGUUGUGUCUAGAUUGGCAUUGGGGUCUACUGUGUGUCAUAUUUGGCUUCAGAGGAAUGCUAGUAUUCAUCAAGGAAGACUACCUUUUGAAGAGGCUAUGGUCAAAAUGAUCAGGUGGGAAGUGAAGAUCAAAGUUGAAUGUAACAGUUACUGCAAUUCUAUUCAAAACAGGAGAAUAUGCUGUCUUUGUGGGGUAUUUCGUGUUCAUCAGAAUAGUAGCAGUUAAUGGUCCUUUUCUCCUUGAAUUAACAGAUUUGCAAAUUUAAUUUUGUAACGUUUAUGGUGCAAUGUAGAUUGUUUCUGUAUUGGUGUUGUAUUGUUUGGUUGUAUUUUGAACUGAUUGUACAUCUGUUUUUUUUUAAUGAAUUGCUCUUUCAUCCAAAACAGAAGAUUGCUUCUUCUUUUUUUCAUGGUUGUAUCUGCUCUGCAGUCUUUGUUA